GGGUUAGAAAAUUAUCUUUUUACACAACGGGUUAGAAAAUUAUCUUUUUAGCUCCUUCAACUUUUAUCACACAAUUGAUUUUUUUUUCAAACCCCUUAUUGUUAUUUUGGAGGACUUAUAUUAAGUCUGGAGAGUCAUUUUUACAUAACAAUUCUCGACAAAAUUUUCUGUGAUUUAUAUGCUCAUCACGCAUGUAUGAGUUUAUUUUAAAUUUAUUUCUUUGACUGUUCCAAUAAAUUUACAAAAUAGAUAUUAUCAUGUAUUUGUAAAAAACAUGCAUCCUAUGGACAAUCAUCAAUUGUUAUUACUUAUUAUUAUUAAGCCCCGUGUUAUUAAAAAUGUUAUAUUUCAGAAAAAUGAUUUACCUGGGUCAGUUCGACAUUGAGAUUCAUAUUUUAUCUUCUGGUACCAGAUAAAAGAAAUGCUUUAUACUUCUGAAAUAAAUUUUGAAACAAUGAUUUGAAGUAUCAAAAGACGAUCUGAGGCAAGGACUGCUUAUCUUAAUAAAAAAGGUAGAGUUGUACAGUACAGUGUAAAGUAUAGUUGUACAGUAUGACGGGUGAGAAAAAGGACCUGUACAACUUAGCUGACGGUUGGUUAGAGCUAGAGAGUGAUCCUGGUCUCUUCACUCUUCUCAUGGAGGAUAUGGGAGUACAGGGAGUACAGGUUGAAGAAAUAUAUGAUCUACAACGUGAACCCCUUGUUGACAAGAAACCCUGCUACGGAGCGAUCUUUCUCUUCCGAUGGAUUGAAGACCGGAGAUCCCGGCGUAAGAUCGUCGAAGAAGAGCAUUUGUACAUGAAGAAUGAGGAAGAAGUGAAUAAGAUAUUUUUUGCAGAGCAAAUGAUUCCUAACAGCUGUGCAACCCAUGCUUUGGUUUCUAUUUUACUAAACUGUACUCAACUCAAGCUUGGCAGUACACUAAAUACACUCAGAAAUCAUGUACAAGGAAUGAAUCCUGAAAACAAAGGUUUAUCAAUCGGGAACUGUCCGGAGCUAGCACAGGCGCACAACUCCCACGCUGUACCACGGGCACGUCGUAGGUUUGAGAAGAAUAAUGUUCCCACAACAGGAACCAGAUAUACUGGAGAAGCAUUUCAUUUUGUGAGCUAUGUACCGAUCAAUGAUCGUCUGAUCGAACUGGAUGGGUUGAAAAAAUAUCCAAUUGAUCACGGACCUAUUCCUGAUCCUGACAAUUGGACUGAGAAACUUCGUCAAGUGAUUACAGAGCGUCUUGGAAUUGCUACAGGAGGUGGUGUACCUUACCAUGAUAUCAGGUUUGCUCUGAUGGUUCUAGUUCCUGACACUAGGUGUCUCUAUCAGUCAAACCUAACUAUGCUAAAAACCAACAGAGAAAUUGUUAUUACAGCGCUGCGCCAACUACUGCAGAUAUGCUAUAGUAAGAAGGUAGCUGGAGCUAGGGUGAGUACAGGAGAUGCGGAGGAUAAGGAGGAGGCUGAAGACUGUAUUGCUGUCGAAGAUAUUGGAGCUACACUUGAGGUUGACAGACUAGAGAAGGAAGUGCUUCAGGUUCUUGAUGAUGAGGUUCAUUUAAACCUUGGAACUUCAGCAUUAGAGAUUAAACCUACAGAUCAUACAGCAUCUAGAGAGCGUGUGCCAAAUAAACCCCUGAUCCGUCUAUCACGAGGCAGCUCUAUGGAUUGUCAACCCAAAUCUCCAUUCCAGUCUAAUCCACUUCUCACAGCUCACGACUACUCUAAAUCCCCGAUGAUGGAAGGAUGUGAAGAGGAUGAAGAGGAAGAGGAGGAAAGAAUGGAGUUGGAGAAGGAAAAUGAAGGACGGAUGGGGGAUGGUAGAAUUAAUCAGGACGAGACGAAUAAAUCGGAGGAUUCAACACAAGAGAAUGGGGAAACUAUUAUUCAGGAUAAACUUGACAAGAACGGAGAGAAAUCUCAAGCUUUGUUUAGUCUGAGUUUAUCCGAGAAUAAACCUGAAUUUAAUCCUCAGCAGACAAAACUUCAAGAACCUCACUUCUUCACACCUAGAGACCUUCUAACACUUCUCAGACGAAUAGAGACGGAGAUCUAUGUAACCGAAGGAAAGCUUAAUGACGAGGUGGAUACACAUAAGAAGUAUAUAGUGGACGACUGUCGUCGUGUUCAUAAUUAUGACGAGUUUAUCACAACAUUCAUCUCUAUGCUCGGUGAGCAAAGUCUACUGGGAGAAUUGGUGGAGCAUGGUCUAGGAUACAGGAAGGAGGACCCGGCUCUAGCUGGCAGGAAGGACCCAGGACAGCCAGGAAAAAAGGACCCAGGGCAGGCAGGCAGGAAGGAACAGGAGAAGAAGACGACUGCAGGGGAUCCAUCCAGGAAGACUGUUGUACCCCGGGCCCCGGUCAAGGGUCGGAAGAAGAAGAAACGGUUGGAUGAAAGUGAAUCCGAUUGGUCGGACGAGUCCAGAGAAUCUCCGGUUCCAUCUAAACCAGUGAUGAAAGUAUUAUAUAACGACUCCUCUCUUCCUAAAGGAUGGAAACGAAAGGUAAAGAAGAAGGCAGGGACGGGUAUGACUAGCGCCAAGUAUGAUGUUUACAUCAUCAACCCCCAGGGUAAACAGUUCAAAUCAAAACAAGAACUCAAGCUGUUUCUAGAAAAACAGGAGACAGACCUUGAAGUAGAUGAUUUUGAUUUCUCUGUGUCUGGGAUCAAACGUUCAGGAGUCAAGAGUUCGACUAAACGGAGAAAAUGAAAACAUUUUGAUGACGAAAGUCAAUGGAUGGUGUACCUUCCGACCUACGCACAUCCGCUAUACUGCCCCUCUGGACUUUUUACACGUGGUUUUAUAGCUGCUAGUUGGACAUGAAACCGCAGCGCCCGUCCCUCUAGCCUGUAAAACCGCAGCGCUCGGCCCAGAAAUUGUCUUAACCUAAUUCCUUACUCUAAAAUAUUAGAACAUAAACAGGUCUCGUGACAAUAUUACGACCAUAAACCUAGGUAAUGACAAAAUGUUUAUCUUUUUACCAGGAGCAUGGGAAAUCUGUUUUUUUUUGUCUUAUGCGAAAGUUUUUUCAAAAUCUUUAUGUUUGUUGUGACGAACAAAUCGUUUAAUAACAAAACAAUGCCCCGGACUUUUGUGUCUCAGAAAUGUGUCUCACCCAUAAAACCUGAAACCGGAUAUCGAAGACCAUUUAAAUACUUCAUCUUUUCAGUAAACAAUUAUCAGUUUUUUAGUCCAAUAAAAUUGAUUCUUUAUAAAUAUCUGAUUAAUCAGAAAUCACAAAAGAUUAAUUUGUUUACGGAUCAAGUACUUAGUUGCUUCAAAUUUAAAUUUUCCGCUGUGAAUAUCGAUUUCAGCACUUUCUCAAACAUAUAAAACAUACACGGUUACCCACAAAGGAUAAGACUUAAGGACGACUGUAUUGAAUUUAUCACGAUUCCCUUCAACUGUAAACUUGUUUCUUUCCUUGCCAAAUUAUUAAAUUAGCCAAUAAAAUACUAUAUCUUCGGCAGAAGGCGUAAUUUUAAUUUUGACUUGUAAUAUUUUAAGAGUUUCUGGUCGUUUUUGCAGUUUCAUCCUUUUCGGGCACCCCUGCAUCUCAAAUGUAUAGACCACACAAAUUUAAUAUAAAAGUUCUGUUCAGUAUUAUCCUUCACUUUUUUAUUCAGAUGUACUGUCAGUGCGGACUGUUUGCAUGAAAUUUUAACACUUUAUUUUAUAUUAACUAUGUUUUAUAUAUUGUGAUAAUUUUCAAGAUAAUUGUACAUUUUAUCUUUUUACCCAUAAUGUUAUAUGUUUUGUUUGAUUAAAGAGUACCUCAAGUGUU